CCGACCGGAACCCCCGCGAAUACCGUCAAAAUGGCUCGCCGUCCCGCUCGUUGCUACCGGUACUGCAAGAACAAGCCGUACCCUAAGUCGCGGUUCAACCGUGGUGUCCCCGACCCUAAGAUUCGCAUCUUCGACCUCGGUCGCAAGCGCGCCAAUGUCGACGACUUCCCCCUCUGCAUCCACAUGGUGUCGAACGAGUACGAGCAGCUGAGCUCCGAGGCUCUUGAGGCCGCCCGUAUUUGCGCCAACAAGUACUUCGUCAAGACUGCCGGCAAGGAAGCCUUCCACCUCCGCGUCCGCGCUCACCCCUUCCACGUCGUCCGCAUCAACAAGAUGUUGUCGUGCGCUGGUGCCGAUAGAUUGCAGACCGGUAUGCGUGGUGCCUGGGGCAAGCCCAACGGCACUGUCGCCCGUGUCAACAUCGGCCAGAUCAUCAUGAGCGUCCGCUGCAAGGAUUCCCACCGUGCCGUCGCUCUUGAGGCCCUCCGCCGCUCGCAGUACAAGUUCCCCGGUCGCCAGAAGAUCAUUAUCUCCAAGAACUGGGGCUUCACUCCCCUCCGUCGUGAGGAGUACCUCGAGAAGAAGGCUGCCGGCCGCGUCAAGGUCGACGGUGCCUACGUCCAGUUCCUUGCCAACCACGGCAACCUGGCCCAGAACAUCCGCCGCUUCCCCGAUGCCUUCGCCGAGACCGAGGCAUAGAGGAUGUUGUCGAAACGUCUGGGUGAUGAAUGGGUUUCUAAGGAUUGGCGUCUAGAGUGAAAGCACGUCCCGUUUGGGACCUUGCUACGGUAGGGCCCAGAUAGGAAUUUGAUCAUCUGCAUUCCCAUGACCAGAGAUGUCCCAUGUCGCCUUUGUGAUGGUCGCCUCAAUAAUCCUGGCUAUGAUCGCGACGCCAAAGUGCAGAUUUCGAAACAUAGUACGGCGCUUUUAUUGAAAGAUUGGUGAACAGCAGGGUCAUCACAGAAACGUUAACUUGUAUAAUGUUCAGGAAUCACUGGAUCAAUAGGAAGAGCUUGUUACACUG